AUGACGUCAUUAGCAUUUAAUGUAAAGAAAAGAAGAGGAGAACUGAGUAAAGAAGAACGGCCUAAACACAGAGAGCAAAAAUACCGCCCUGAAUGGGAGUUAAAACCAUCAUUUAAGGACUGGUUGAGAAAAGUUGAAGGUGAUAAUAUGAAAGCAAAAUGUAUUAAAUGUAACACAACAUUUGUUUCUGAAUUAGUAGUUAUUAAAAAUCAUGCCCUUGAUCAUAUAGUAGAUGUUUUGAAAGAUAUUUUUGAUGAUUCUGAAAUUUGUCAAAAAAUUCAGCUUAAAAGGACAAAAGCUACAAACGUCAUAAAAAAUGUAAUUUCACCAUUUGCUAAACAACUUUUAGCAAAGAAACUUAUGAUGAGCAAAUUUUCAGUAAUGAUUGAUGAAUCGACAGAUAUUGGGUGUGAAUCGACAUGGUUUCACGAUGAUGAGGAACAAAGAAUUGUGAGUAGAUUUUGGUCCUUGGUUCAAGUGUAUGACAAGAAAAAUAUAGACAAGAUUAAUGAAGGUGCCACUGCUAAUAACUUGUUUAAUGCUUGUAUACAAACAUUUGAAGAAUAUAAAAUUCCUUUUACCAAUAUUAUUGGAUUUGGGUCAGAUGGCUGCAAUUCAAUGUUUGCAGUUCGUAACUCAGUAGCUUCCAGAAUGGAAAAUGUUUUCCCUGGUAUUUUUUUAAUGAAAUGUAUUUGCCACAGCCUACAUUUAGUUAGAAGCGAAGCUUGCAAAGAAUUGCCAAAACGCUGUGAAGAUUUAGCAAGACAAAUUCAUUCGUAUUUCAGUCAAAGUUCUAAACGUCAGUCACAAUUCAAUCAAUUCCAAGUUUUCCUUAAGGUAAAAGAACACAAAAUACUGCAUCCCUCAGCUACUAGGUGGUUAUCAAUGUUUUCGGUAGUUAGUAGAAUCGUUGAACAAUGGGAUGCUUUGAAAUUAUAUUUCAAUGACCAAUGGCUCUCCGAAAAACUUCUUUCAAGUAAGACCAUAUACGACCAACUAAAUGACCCUUUCACAAAAGCCUUCUAUUUAUUCUUGGAAUGGGUAUUACCAAA